AUGCUCUCAGGAGCAAAAAUUGGGGCAAAUCUGUCAUAUCAUUUAUGCGGCCAAUUACUGCAGCACUACGUGGACACCGGUAUUAACCCUCACCUAUUGAUCAUUACACCCGACGAUAGCGGCUUAUGGGUGGGCCGGUGGUGGUUGGGCUUUAUGGUCGCAUCACUCGCCUCAGCACUACUCGUCAUACCAGUGGCCGGACUGCCCGCACGACUGUCCACUUUCCACGACCUCAACGACAAUGAAGUGUCCGAAACGUACGGCUCGGACAAGGGAUCCGAUAACAAGUGCCCAACCGAUGGACAAGUAGUGGGCGAAUGGGUGGCCGUUGAAGAGGAGGUGGUUGUGGUGAAAGACCAGUCGACCACAUCAUUCUGGCGAUUGGCCCGCAACUGGCCCUAUGUGUGCGUAACCAUCGCCAGCGACUGUCUGGUGGUCACCGGUUUGGCCGCAUUCGGGCCAAAGAUUGUGGAGCAACAGUUCCGGGUGGGGGCCGGAGUGUCGGCAUUGGCUGCCGGUGUGAUUGGCCUUUCGGGCGCCGGUGGCGGCAAUAUUGCCGGCAGUUUCGCUAUUAAACGCUACGAUAUGUCAAUACCGGCUAUCAUGAGGUUUUCAAUGGCAAUGUCAGCCCUGUCUCUCGCACUGGGCUUUGGAUUUGCCAUCUCGUGCCCGGAGCCGGUGUUUGCCGGAGUAAAUACACCCUAUGGUAAUGGAAGCACCGGUAGGCUGUAUGGGAGCCACAGUAAUCCAUAUGGAUUAGUAGAGAAGUGCAAUGAGGGCUGCGGCUGUCGGCCAGCGCUAUACGACCCGGUGUGCGAUGGGACGGGUGUUCAGUAUUAUAGCCCGUGUUAUGCUGGUUGGGCUGAGAGUAAUGUGAGUGUUGGACAAAAGACUGGUGGUUUGGUGGCCGCCGCCCGACACCUGUGCCCACACACCUGUCCCCUAUUGCCGCUGUUUCUGGUGGCGAUGUUUGGUCUCAUAUUUGUUACAUUUAUGAGUGCAAUGCCAGCGCUGACCGCUACGCUCAGAUGUGUUGAGAAAAGUCAGAAAUCUGUGGCAUUGGGUGUCCAGUGGUUUACCGUACGACUGAUCGGCUCAAUACCGGCGCCCCUCCUAUUCGGGAGGCUUAUAGACCACAGUUGUAUACUAUGGCAGCCCCAGAGCCCCACCAAUACCACCGGUACCCCCGGGGCGGACAUAACGGGUUCGUGUCUUGUGUACGACAACCGGCAAAUGGCUUAUAAUGUGCUAAUACUGACCAUAGUAUGCAAAUGCGUGACCUUAGCGGCAGUCGUGGCGGGAAAACAACUGUACAAACCGGCGGUCAAUUCAGUCCAUCCCUCACACAAAUGA